CAUUAAUAGAUCUUCGAAAGCUAGGGGAUCGAGCAAUUGUGACUCCACUAUAUCUAUAGCUUAAUUCCCAUUGAGAAAGGCGACCGAUCAUGAAAGUGACGAAGGAGAAUUUCAUAAGCGGACCGCCAUCAUCAUCAAGGCCGAUUCAUGUGUAUCUAAGUUUCAAAGGAGAUGAUGAAAGCUGCAAAUUCACAGAUAGGCUUUGGGCUUCUCUUGAAACUGACGAUUUAAAUACCUUUUGGGAUGACAAGAAACUCGAGACAGGUUUUUCUAGCAUUCCGCAUCACUUUCUCAAAGCAAUUCAACAGUCAUGUGUUUCCAUCGUCGUCUUCUCCAGAAACUAUGCCUCUUCUAUAUGGUGUCUUGAGGAACUUUCUAAGAUUGCUGAGCGCAUUCAUGAACCACGAUAUACUAUUCUCCCAAUCUUCUAUGAUGUAGAUCCAUCUGAGGUACAAAACCAGAGUAAUUCUUUCCAGCAAGCUUUCGUUGAUCACGAACAAAGGUUUACAGCAAAUCUACGAAGAGUACACACCUGGAGGUUAGCAAUGAAACGAGUGGCCAAUCUCUUUGGUUGGCAUGUACAGCAUGAGUUAGGGCCACAAGUUAUUGAUGAUAUCAUAAUAAAGGUCAAGAGAAGAAUGCGUGAAUUAGUUUACGUUGAUGUAGAUUUGGUAGGGAUGAAAUCUCGGGUGAAUGACGUAGAAAAACUUCUCGACUUGGGUUCAAAUGAUGGGGUUCGAGUUCUGGGCAUUUGUGGAAUGGGCGGAAUAGGGAAGACAACUCUUGUCAGAGUUCUCUAUGAUAGGAUCUCUUACCGCUUUGAUGCUUGUUAUUUUCUACCUAACCUAUCUGAAUUUUAUACCAGGAGACUAGCAUGUGGAAAGAUUAUUCUCAUGAUUCUCGAUGGCAUUGAUAAGAACCAAAAUCUAAUGCCCCUAAUCAAGCCUAUAAGAACUAAUUGGUUAGGUGGAGGAAGUAGAAUUAUCAUAACAACCAGAGAUGAAAGAGUCCUUAAAAUCUUUGGGAAGUAUGAUAUCUAUCGGGUUAAUCCAUUGGCCAAGGAUGAAGCUCUUCAAUUAUUUUGCAGAAAAGUUUUCAAAUGUGAUUUUCAUGCCAGAGAUUAUAAGCAGCAAAUAAAUAGUGUACUCCAAUUUGCUAACGGCCUUCCAUUGGCAAUUAUGAUAUUGGGCUCAUUAUUGUAUAAUAGAAAAGUCUCAGAAUGGGGAAGUACUUGGGUUGAAAUAAAAAAGGUUGCUACCCAGAUGAUCAUGAAGGUACUCAAAAAGAGUUUUGAUGAACUGGAUCGUGACAGCAAGGAAAUAUUUCUCGACAUUGCUUGUUUUUUCAGAGGGAAGAAGAUUAAACAUGUAAAAGGAAUUUUAAAUAGUUAUAGAUUUGUUGAUCAAAAGAAAAAUACCCCAGUGAAGGAGGAAAUACAACUUUUAAUUGAAACAUCACUCAUAACCAUUAUAGAUCAAAAAAUAGAAAUGCAUGGUCUAUUGCAAGAAAUGGGAAGAGAAAUUGUUCAGCUUAAGUUCCCUUCCAUGCCAGAAAGGUGGAGUAGAUUGUGGGAUUUCAAUGAUAUUUUUCGUGUUAUGCAAAAUGACACAGCUUCCGGAGUAGUUCAAGCAAUAGUCCUGGAUUUAGAAGAUUCACAGCAAAGGGCAUUAAGGGUCCAAGCUUUAUCAAAUAUGGGCAAUCUUAAACUACUCAUAUUUCGUAACGUUAAGUUUUGUGGAUCCCUCAAGCAUCUUUCAAAUGAGCUUCGAUAUGUUUCAUGGCACCAGUAUCCUUUCCCUUGUUUACCGUCAAGUUUUGUGCCACAUAAUCUCAUUGAAUUGAUUUUGCCUGAUAGCUCCAUCACAAACAUAUGGGAAGGAGAAAAGGCACCAGAUAGCUCCAUCAUAAAUACAAGGGCAGUAGAACCAAAAGUAGCUGUUUGGCACCUCACAGAUAUUCGGGAAGCAGCCCGAACUAAAUUCUUAAAUUUGAGAAGGGAAAAAGACCGAGAAGCACAUGAGAGCUGCAUCACUAAUAGACGGGAAGGAGAUAUGGCCUUCCCUUUGAGAAAUAUGAAUCUUAGUGGCUCCAAAAAUCUGGUCAAGUUGCCUGAUUUCAAAAGAUUUCCAAAUCUUAAGCGAUUAGACCUUGAAGGAUGCACGCAAUUAUCACGGCUUGAUGUAUCUAUUGCUUAUCUUUCAAUUCUCAAAUUCUUAAAUUUGAGAAAUUGUAUUAAUCUAGUUAGUAUUCCAAAUCACUUAUUUUCUCUACCCUCUUUAAAAGUUUUAAAUUUAGCUGGUUGUUCCAAAUUUGCAUAUUGUUUGAAAUUUUGUCCUUUUGAGGAGCGUGAUGAAAGAGAAGCCAUUGAACAAUCAUUUUCCCACAGGAGACAGAAGCUAUGUAGACAAAAAUCUAUAUAAGUGUGCUUUAUAUU